AUGGCUGAAGCGGACCAGGAAGUGCAGAUCGCAGCUGCUGGUGAUGAGGCUACAGAUGACGGACUAUCGGAAAUCUCGGCGGUCGCAUCAUCGAGUACAAGUGUUAGCAGUUCACUUCUCGAAUACCGCAUUGAGAAUGGCAGAACCUACCAUCGGUACAAGGACGGCAAAUACUCUUGGCCCAACGACGAGAGGGAAGCCGAGAGAUUAGAUAUGUUGCAUGAAAUCUGGAUCUAUACGCUGGAUGAUAGACUCGGCCUGGCUCCCCCCUGCGAUCCCAACGCUAAAGUCGGAAGAGUCCUCGAUGUUGGUACAGGAACAGGGAUCUGGGCUCUUGAUUUCGGAGAGGAACAUCCCGAGGCUGAGGUUCUCGGAGUAGAUCUCUCUCAUACUUUGCCGACUUUUACGCUCCCUAACGUCGCAUUCGAGAUUGAUGACCUAGAGGAGGAUUGGACCUACUCGAAGCCUUUCGACUACAUCCACAGUCGAUUGCUGACCUCGGCCGUCAGCGACUGGAAGAUAUACCUUACCAGGUGUUUUGAAAACCUGACACCAGGCGGCUGGCUAGAGCUUCAGGAGGCAGACGUUUGGCCCUUCUCCGAUGAUAACACGUUCCCCAAAGACAGCGCGUUCGCUAGGAUGGCAAUCCUGCUCAAGGAAGCGGCUACGAAGAUGGGACGCCCCUGGUUUGACCUACCGUCCCUGAAGACCAUCAUGCUUGAGGUUGGCUUCGUGGACGUUAGAUUGAAACUCCACAAGUGGCCAAUCAACGACUGGCCCAAAGAUCAGCAAUACAAAAAUAUCGGCACAUGGACGUACGAAAACGUCACCAAUGGUUUGGAGGCUAUGGUCAUGGCGCCUUACACCCGCGCCCUGGAAUGGACGCGCAACGAGGUCGACACCUUCCUCAUCGACGUGCGCAAGGAUCUGAAGAACAGACACUUCCACGCUGAUUACCCGAUGGCCAAAUCCACUCAUUUCUUUGGUCUGGGCUCUGCGGUCUUGCUAGCAUUGCAAACCCAGACUGUCGUAUCUGUCCCAUUCAAUGGCCCACGAGCCGUCUCGCUGCCCGCACAACAUGGCUACACGUACCAAGGAUGUUAUAUGGAACCCUCGAACGGACGUGCUCUUGAGACUGUCACUGGUAGCGACGGAUUGACGCUGGGAGCAUGUGCCGACAUCUGUGCUGCGGCUGGCAAGGCAUACUUUGGUGCCGAGUGUGGAAGCAAGCUGUCUGUUGCUGCUACUCUUGCCGCAGAUGACACCGAGUGCUCAUUCGCCUGCCCUGGCAACGGCUUUCAGAAAUGUGGUGCUGGAAACAGACUCAGCGUUUACAAGAACGAGAACAUUGUGACUCCUGCCGGCCCUUCUGCAAAGGCCAAGGCAGGGAGCUAUGAUUCUGCGGGAUGUUACAGUGAUCUUGUUCAGGGCCAACGUGCCUUGUCCAGAACGCGUGCUGAUAAUGCCAUGACGCCUGACAUGUGUGCCACAUUCUGUGCCGGCAGUGCGUGGAUGGGCGUUGAAUACGGAAAGGAAUGUUGGUGCGGCAACGUGCUUGGCUCGCUCAGUCUGCCAGCCACUGACCAAACAGACUGCAACAUGGCCUGCGCAGGAGACUCAACCAGCCUCUGCGGUGGCCCAGCUCGGUUGAACAUGUAUACACUGGACACGACCAAUGGAGUCUCCAGCACAAGUUCCGCCCCUGUAAUUGCCCCCAGCGCAGUCAGCACGGCUGCCGAUCGCGUGGGCGAUUUCAUUCACCUCGGAUGCUGGACUGACGAUGCCGCCAACGGCAGAACGUUUGGCGACCUCUAUGCUUCCGACGACAUGACCGUCAAGAAGUGCGCAGACUGGGCUAUAUCAAAGGGAUACCUCAACUUUGGAAUCGAGUACUCGCGUGAGUGCUGGGCGGGGAACACCGUGAACCCACUUGCUACGUCUGCAGCGUCUUCGACCUGCAACAUGAAGUGCGUGGGCGACGCCACUGAGAGUUGUGGAGGUCCCAACCGUUUGGAUAUGUACAAGUAUAGCCCGGCGCUGUCAUCGACUUCGUCUGCCGGCGCGUCCUCGACAUCCUCGACUGCUUCCGGAUCAUCCACUUCGUCGGCUCUGCCUUCCGCUAACUCCGCUCCCAAUGAUGCUACAUUGCCCCACGCAGUCAGCGCCUCACUAGCUGGUGCCACCAUUGGCGACAAUGCUCAGCUUCAAACCGUUGAUGGGAAGACCGUACUUGAUCUUACACCACCAGACAAUGGCCAAGCUUCUGUCACAGUCGCCGCCGCGUCUGCUCCUGACCUGCAGAGUGAAGACUCCGUCGUGGUACAGUUGACGUACAAGACUGAGGCUUUGAAGAAGCGAGCGUCGAAGCGAGCUGUCCUGUCCGAGUGUACCUUGACUAUGAUGAUUGGAAGCACCGUCAUCUACUCGAGCAGGAUCUGGACAACGGAUGGAAGCUAUACCACGGUGACCAGCAUGCCUACCAGCGCCGGUAUCACGACCUUGAUUAUCGUUCAGUACUGCCCUGCCACUGCGGUACCCAUCGUAAUUGGAGAUGUUGCUGUUGCACCAGCUCCGUCAUCGAGCUCAGUCUCCAGCAGCUCGACCGUCAUUGUCUCAUCAACCGUGGUGAUCAUCCAGGCAACACCUUCAGCGACAAGCACCAGCUCUUCUCGCGUACCAAGCACAACAAGCAAUGCUGGCUGGGCGACGUAUAUCCCACCUGCCACAACAAACGCUCCAUCGACGACAGCUGCUCCGGCUGCGACGAACGUGGCCGCCAACGUUCCUACGUAUCUCGCAGGGGUGUACCAGGCUGGGACAUGCAGUAGCCCCGGCUACAUGUCGACUUGCACAAUGUCUGGGAUGCCUGUAGCGACCAUCGAUAUCGUCGGAAAAGCCACUGCAUCUCCUGUGCCUGUCUCGGGCAACAUGCAGCAAGCGUACGAGCAGUGUGCCGGCAUCUGCGCCAACCUCGACUCGUGUAAUUCCUGGGCACUGGAUCGCGGCGUCGGCGUGUACCCUUAUGCCACAGCCUCCACAUGGUGGUGCUACUUCUACUCUGGCCAAGUUGGAAAGUACCAUCCCAACGCUUACAACGCUCAGUUCGCCGCCGUCGUCUACUUUGCAAAAACUUGCUACAGCUGCCAGCAACGAGACCUGGCUGCCCUUGCUCCUGCGCCUGCGGCGGCAACGACGUCCACAACCUCGUCGUCUUCUACGAGUGUACCCGCAGUGACACAAGCUCCAGUCAUCCCUGGUGUUCUGACCUUCUCUGCGCCGGCUUACGAUUCUGCUGCUUGCACGUUCGGAACGCCGCCCGACUGCUAUCUGUCCGGUGCUCCUGUGGCGACAUCCGGUCUUCUUGCGGUCGCCACGGGCAUCACGGGAUUUGUUAGCUCUGAGGGGCCGUUCAAGCAGUGUGCCCAAGCUUGCAAGCAAGUGCCUGGCUGCACAGCGUACGCUCUUGAUCAAAGCACAUCGAUGAUUUGUUACAUCUAUGGCGGCAACGCGCGAGACUAUUGGACUACAUUUGACAACAACUAUCGUUCAGUCGCGUAUUUCUCGGCGGGAUGCUACAAUUGCAAGGCUGCCUCAACGUCCACCCUGCCCUUGAUAAGCUCAACGAUGAUUCGGCCAUCUUCCACUUCAUCGCCUGUCUCGACUACCAGCACCUCAGUCUCGACUGCAGCAUCAUCGCCCCCAUCGAGCUCUCAACCUCAAAUCACGCCCAGCUCCACAAAGGCUGUCCGGCCUGGCGCCAUCACCCCAUCCUCAUGGAUCCCGACCCUCGCCGUGCCGACCACGGGGACGGAGACCAACUGCCCCCGACCAACGGCUGACAACUGGUACACUGCUGGAUGUACUCUCUCCGGCGGCGUCCUCCAGACCUCCGGACUCGUUGCAGUCGCCACAGGUGUUCCGGCUCCGCGGGUUCAGAACAGCAACCUAUUCGAGUACGCCUACCAAGCUUGCGCGCAGAUGUGUGCGUCAAUGUCCACUUGCUACAGCUGGGCCCUCGAUAGAGGAUUCUGGCCGGCCGACUACUCUGACUGGACGUGCUACUUUUACUCCGCCGGCGCGAGGUUGAUGACUCCCCAGAACGACGGCAACUACUGGAUCGUCUGGAUGGACAAGCAGUGCUACGCUUGCAGCACUCCUGCUGCAGCGAUAUCGUCACCUACUCCGUCAACAUCGUCAUCAAUCGCCCCACCGGCUACUUCAUCUUCCAACGCUGUGUCAUCGACUAGUAGCAUGGCAUCUUCGACAUUUAGUGCUGUUUCGUCAACGUUUACUGCCAACGCUGCAUCAUCCACGUCGAGCGUUGCGUCUCCCACAACAGCCGCGCCAGCAACAACAAGGCCACCCUCCGAGGCCUACGUCUUCUCGGCCUCAGCCUGGACCUCUGGCACCUGCGUAACACAGCGCAACAACGACGGCGCGACCCCUUGCGCCCUCUCCGGCUGGCCGACCCCGACUUCGCAGUCCGGUCUCCUGGCUGUAGCGACAGGCAUUGCUCCGGCUCCAUCGGGGGUGUUUGACUUCAGCAAGCCUUUCGAGGUCUGCGCCGGCGCUUGCCGCGGUGUGAACGGCUGCACCACCUGGGCCAUCGAUCGUGGAAACUGGCCCACAGAUCUUUCUCCGUGGUCUUGCUACAUGUACAACUUUGUCAACUCGAGCAACUACUACCUCCCUGGCAACUACUUCCGCCUCACCUCAUAUGGCUCCGCGUAUGCCAAGUUCGCAUGGGGAGUGUCGGAAUGCUAUAACUGCACCCUCAACCAGGCGAUUGCGUCCUCUUUCAGCAGCAGCGUGAGCAUCUUAGCAAUUAGCAGCAGCAGUAGCAUCAGCAGAAGUAGUGCCGUCUCAUCUGCUACGAGCACGCCCUUCAGUAGCAGUCCUUCCUCGACUUCCUCCACAACUUCAGGACCAUCUGGAACUGUCACCGCCCUCGCCACCACCUCAGCUCCAGCAGGCACAGUGACAACAUUCUCCGCACCGGCGUCGACUACAUCCUGCGGUCAACCGACCGGGGCUCAAUGGUACACCAACGGCUGCAUCCAGUCCGGCUAUCCGACAGCGACGCAGGGCCUCAUUGCCGUCGCCACGGGCAUCGCCCCCAACGUCUUGGGCGACUACAAUUUCGACCCGUCGUACCAGCGCUGCGCAGUAAUCUGUGCCGGGAUCUCUGGAUGCCAGGGAUACGCCCUCGACCGCACCAGCACCGUCUCCUGGAACUGCAACUUCUAUAGCCUCCCCGUCAUGACGCUACUCAAGUCCCUGUCGCCUUCAGUGGACUACAGGCCUGUUGUAUGGAUGAGCAUGCUCUGCCACAACUGCGCCAACAUCGUUCCAGCAAACGCCUCGUCUUCAUCUUUGUCCUCGUCUUCUUCGUCGAGUUCUUCUUCAUCCUCGCUGCCGCUCUUCGUCGGCUACCCGCAAAUCACCGCAUCGCCAUCCUCCUCCACGACGCCCGCCAGCUCAAAGUCGCAGAGUGCGGCUUCCUCGAGCACGUCCGCCGCGGCGGCGAUGUGCUCUCGAGCUGCUUCGCCGCCUGCCACGGCAAACUGCAACGUGAAGGGCUUCCAGCAACCGGCCGGCGGGGUGCAGGGUAGCUAUCUAUACGCCCAGACCGACUGUGCCGCGUACUGCCUGAGCCUCGGAGCAACUUGCAAGAGCUGGACGUGGGUCCCGGGAUCCGGUUGGUGCGGUAUCUACAGCUUGACCGUCUGGGACGCCAUCGGCGACUCGGCGGUCGCAGGCCGGGCGUACAAGGACAAUGUCAUGGACGAGCCUGCGUGCUGGAGCUGUCCCGCCGGCGCGGCUCCCCAUUUGACACAUCCCAAUGGAGUCCGCAUUCUGCCCGACAUGUCUGCUGAACAGCAAGCACAAGAGUCGUCAGAGGCCACAACGCAAGCCGAGGGUUUCAUUGCGGUUGACAGGAACGAGCUCAAUCUUUUCGACGCGAGAGACUCAUCUGAUGCUGGUUAUGACACAGACACAGAGUCGAAUGGCAGCACAUCAAUCACAUCGUCGGUGAGAGACUUCAUGUAUGAGAACGGGCGGCGAUAUCAUCGUUUCCGAGAAGGGCGGUACAACUUCCCGAAUGAUGAGGUCGAGCAGGAGCGCGAGGACAUGAAACAUGCCAUGGUCAAGCUACUUUGUAGCCAGAAGCUCAACUUUGCACCGAUCGGGCGUUUCCCUCAGAACAUACUGGAUCUCGGAACCGGUACAGGCGCCUGGGCCAUUGAGAUGGGCGACCAAUUCCCAAGUGCCCAGGUCCUUGGUGUGGAUCUCAGCCCUAUUCAGCCAGACUGGGUGCCGCCAAACGUCAAGUUCGAGGUUGACGAUGUCGAAAGUGCGUGGCUGUAUAAUGCAAACCACUUUGAUUACAUUCACUCGCGGCACACCGUCGUGGCAAUCAAGGAUUGGGAGACGCUCCUCCAGAGGUCGCUUGAACACCUUAAGCCUGGAGGCUGGAUGGAGUUGCAGGAAAUGCACCAUUUCCCGGCCUCGGCCAACAAUUCGCUAUCGGCGACGCAUCCCGUUGCUGAGUAUUGGGGUCUCGUAGGCGAAGGGCUGAUGAAGCUCGGAGUCGACUUGGAGUUGGCGGCGGGAGACCGGCUGGCGAACAUGAUGCGCGAAGCAGGAUUCUGCAACGUGACGGAGAGAGUUUUUCACGUUCCGAUAGGAACAUGGCCGCGUAACAGGGUGCUCAAAACCGUGGGAAUGUACUGGCGGACGAUCCUCCUGGAUGGACUUCAAGCCAUUGCGUUGGGGCCUUUCACGCGGGGCCUACAUUGGUCGGCGGAGCAAACGGAGCUUUUCCUCGUCAAUGUAAGGAAGGCGUAUUUUGACAAUUCGGUGCUGAUGUACAUGCCGCUCAAGGUGGUCUAUGGGCAGAAGCCGAUGGAGUUUGUGGAUGUCCCAGUCGUGAUUGCACGAAAUGCCAUGAUCUUGAAUCAGGGGUAUGCCCAGAGUAGCGAGGAAACCGCAAUCAGUUUGGAUACAUGA